GUGCUUUGUGCAAACAGGCCAAGCGACCUGAAGAAGCCGCCCAGCAUUACCUUUGUUGUAUUAAAAAAAAUCCUUAUAUGUGGGAAGCCUUUGAAAAAAAAAAAAGAUCUCGAAUUGCUAAUGAUGAAAGAAUUCUUAUAGGCUUAGAUGAGGAAAAGAAAUGGUCCAAAGUACCAAGGGAAGAAAAAACAACUACAAAUGUCGAAAAUGAAGUAGCGGAAGCUCUGCAAAAAACCACAUUAAGUCCUCAGAUCAAUCUGGAAUUAGACAAAAUAGAUGACACAGAUUUAAAAUCGGAUAAUAAUGAAUUCCUGCAUUUGCUAAAGCAAUUGGCUAAGGGUUACGGGUAUUUAAGUCAAUAUGAAUGCGCCAAAGCGAUUGAAGCUUUUUCGGAGCUUCCACCUUCACAAAAUAAUACAGCGUGGGUUCAAAGCCAUACGGCGAAGGCCCAUUUUGAAAUGGUUAAUUACCCUGUGAAAGCGCGUCAACUUGAACCAUAUCGUCUUGAGGAUAUGGAAUUAUAUUCCACAACAUUAUGGCAUUUGCGUAAAGAUACUGCUCUUAGUGCUCUAGCGCAUGAGCUAAUAGAGUUCGAGCGUAGAUCACCUCAAACUUGGUGUGCUGUUGGUAAUUGUUUUAGUAGACAACAAGAACAUGAUGUAGCAUUGAAAUGCUUUCGGCGGGCGAUACAACUUGACCAGUCAUUCACUUACGCGCAUACUUUGUCUGGUCACGAAAAAAAAUUACAGGAUGGCGAUGAAAAUCAACCCAAAUCAUGCAGUUCUUAUGUGCUGCUUGGGGAAGUUGAAGAAGCACGUGCUCUUUAUGAUCGUGCGUGCCAAGUUACUCCACAAACACCGUUAGCUAUAUUCAAAAAAGCGAAAUCCUUAUAUAGAGAUAAACAAUAUAAGGAUGCACUUGAAGAAUUGGAAAAACUUAAAAAGACAGUUCCAAAUGAACCAAAAGUUUAUUUCCUAAUGGCGAAAAUUCAUAAAGCAAUGGGUGAAAGAACUAAAGCUACGCAAAACUUUACUUUAGCAUUAAAUUUGGAUCCUAAAAUGAUGCAUAUUGUAAAAAAUGCCAUAGAACAGUGUUGUUGA